UAUCUUUUCGCAUUCGGCAGUGCGACGCACACGAAGGCGUCGCGUCAGAACUCGAGAGUUGGAGCUGUGGAGUUGAAUGCUAUCGCUAAUUCGCUAACGGAGUGGCGAGGAAGAGAGAGAGAGAGAAUCAGUGUGUAUUGCGUUGUGUCAGCAAUUGGUAACAUAUUGUGACGGGAAUUCAGUCGAGGCUCUGAUUGACGAGAAGACAACGGGAUGUCAAGCAGCGGAGACGAGUGCAGGCUGAAGGGCGGUCAUCCCCCGGCAGUAAAGGCAGGUGGUAUGAGGAUAACGCAGCACAAGACACCGAAGGAUGAGCGCGAGACGAAGCCCAGCAAAGACGUCGAGGAGAGCAGGCCGUCCAGCAGUCCGCCAAAGACAAUAAUGAUCAGCGGCGCUCCGGCCAAAGGAAACGCAGAUUUUCCACCAGAAGCUGUGCAACAUUUCCACGAGAAACCCAUACCGACUCAUGACGCACGACCGGCGCAUUGUUCGCGUCCCAUUAUCAUUCAGCAGCCUAGAAAGUGAGCCGUAUUUUGCGAGCUGUGCAUCGUGCUAGUGGACCUUGUUCCACAGUCACCCGUUAAAUUUACAAAAAAAAAGAAUUAUACAAAUAUAUAUAUGGGAGAUAGGUAUAUGUUAUAUAUAUAAGCGCGUACUUAAAUAAGUUUUUAAAAGAAUUAAAAUUGAAGAGUUUGAACUUCGCGCGUUUGUAUCAAGUCUUGAUCCUUUAAUCGAUGAAUGAUCGUAAUCCUUUUUCCAACAAGGUAUAUAUACAAGAAAAUUGUAAAUUUCAAAAAAAUUAAGUUGAGAUAAAUUUGCAAAAAUUGAGAGUUACCGAGUUGGGUCCAUUUCUGAGGAUGAAGAACAGGCAGGGCCUGCAUAACUAACUAAUCGGUUGAAGGAUCAAGGAAGCUCAAUUUCUUGUACGUUGAAAUAUUAGAUGACUUCACGAGAGAUAUUACUAUAUUGUUGUUAAAAACAAAAAAAGUUUAUUUUUGACGCCACGAGAUUCCUUGUAUCGGCAUUUAAGAUUACAUAUACGAGCUUUUGCGAAUACAUCUUCGACUCGUUAUCGCACGUUUAUCUUUAUCUUAUCAUUUCUUUUAUUUUUAUACUAGACACGACAUAUUUGCUAUGAUUGCAUUACGAAGUAUUAUUGUAACAUUACAUAAUACUAUCACCAGUAUGUACUGUGACUCAUGAUGGAAUUCGCAUUUAGUUGCACAUUCUCAACCUUCUCUUUUUAUAUUUCUUUUUGUAUCCAUCUGAUUAGCUUGGAAAUCAGACGUAUCAGCAUCACUUUAAAUUUCAGGAAAUGGAAUUUUGUUAACAUAAGUUAACAUAAAUUAACGUAAGUUAACAUAAAUUAUUAUGUUAACUUACGUUAAUGUUAUUUAAACGUGUAAAUGUCGAGUGAGAUCCAUAGUUGGCGACAGUUUGUAUAACAUUUGAGAACGAAUAAACAUUCAUACAUGUACAUAAACCA